AUGUUAUAUUUAAGUUAGAAUCUCCAAUAGAUUUUCAUUAAAUAAUUACUACUUAUAGUAGAUAAAGGAUCAGGGAAGAUAAGAAACCUUUAAUUGAGAUAUUGUUCCUCAGAUCUAUUUAAAAUCAACUCAAUCUAUGAAAUAUUUAAACUUUUCAUUUUAGUUCUAUAACUUCUGAAUAUGCUGCAAAAUCUUCACUACAUUAGGAAAUUCAUAAUUAGAAUAUGCAACCAGAAUAAUGAAAACAAAAUCUAAAAUUUGCUCUAUACAAUUAAGAUAUUGAUGGUGUAAGGAAAAAGUAAUAGACAUAGAUUGAGAAGUCUUCCAAAAAAAAACCAAUUUAAAGAAGAUAAAGAGAUAGACAAAUAGCCCUUAUUUUAAGAUAUCCUCCAAAGAAAAUAUACUCUAAAUGAAAAGAAACAGCUUGCAUCAAUAAUUAAAAUCUGCAAAUUUAAUAAGAACACUAGGUUUAUGAAAGAUUGA